AUGGAGGCUGGGGUCCCACUUGAGAAGGAGCCGACGUUGAACCCCCGUUACAACAUCUAUCACCUGUUCAUCCGGGAUCCCGACGGACACCUGGUGGAGAUACAGCAGUUCCGAGACCCAAUGUGGCCCCGUCUUGCUUCCGAGCCGGGCAAUGGGCUGCUGUCGGUUGUCAAAGGUCGAGCUGUAGGCUGCGAGCACUGGCCCAUCUGGAACUGCCCUGCGCUGCCAGACCCCGCUGGCCGCUUCGAGGAGUCUCGCUGGUGGGAGAGCCGCCCAGGCGUUGCAGAGGAGAGGUGCCUGGUCUUGCAGGGGAGGGCGACCCUGACGCUGCCUGGCGGGGAGAAGGUCGUCAUCGAAGCCGGGGAUUGGGUCGUCUUCCGCAAAGGGUUCACCUGCCUGUGGGAGGUUCAGGAGGCGAUCUCGAAGCGGUACGGCUACUUCGCCGCGGACGGGUCAGAGUGGAGACCAGCCGGAGCCUGA